ACAUCAUUCAGAGCAAGGCGUCCAUCCAAUCCCUUCAGCAAUACAACACACGUACAUAGUACAUACACCCUCCCUCCCUCACCACUAUCAUCACUAUUUACACUCAUACAACCACUAUCACCACCACAACCACAAAGAAUCACCACACUCACCACUUUGCUGUUUCUGCUCGCCACAAUUAAGCUCCUUCCUACCGAGUUUCAGUGGAGGUUCGACUUCUUUUCCAGUGUUUUUCUCACUGUCAGUAACAAAGGUGGAGAGAUUGUUAACUCAGGACCUGCCAGGCAAUCCAGCACACCAGCGAAUUAAAGUAUUUCUUUCUACUCUGCACGACUCUUGUUACUCGUGCCAAACUUCCCCUGCCUCCCGGAAUGCCCAGCACGGAGGAGGGCUGUCGGAGUGCGAAGAUGGACAGGUUAGCGAAGGAGGAGCUGGGGGAGGAGCCGGCGCAAAGGGAGAGGGAUAUUGAGGCAGUGAGGCAGUGGCUACUUCAACAGCACGGCCUCAACGCCAGGACAGACCGCACCACCAUCCUCCGCUACCUUCGUGGGUGUAAAUACUCCCUCGAGAAGACCAAGGCAAAGCUCGAUGUCUACUACUCCUCCAAGGGCGCUAAUCCGGACAUGUUUCAAGGCCGUGACCCUUCUGAUCCAAAACUGAGGUCGAUUCUUAAGAAGGGUUUGAUGGUUCCCCUGCCAGGCUACGACCAGCAGGGGAGAAAGGUCAUCUUUGGCCGCCUGGGAGCCUGGAACCCUGCCACGGACAGACCCGAGGACCUCUUCAAAGCUGCAGGCAUGUUAUUCGACGCGCUCUUCCUUGAUGAUGAACAAACCACCAUCAAGGGAAUCGUGCAGGCCAAUGACAUGACUGGCCUCACUCUGGCUCACGUCACUUCGCUUCCUCUUCCGCUCGUCAAACGCGUGCUCAAGACUUGGCAGGAUGGCUACCCCUUGCGACCUAAGGCGGUUCACUACGUCUACACACCCAGCGCUUUCGAUGCCCUCUUCAACCUGUUCAAGCCUUUCAUGCGGGAGAAGAUGAAGAAGAGGAUCCACAUUCACGGGAGCGACAUGGACAGCCUACAGAGAAGCGUGCCAAGGGAGAUGUUGCCGCAGGAGUACGGGGGCACAGCUGGGACACUGGCUUCAAUUACAGAAUACUGGGUGGGACGAAUUGAUCACCAUCGCUCCUGGUUCCUGCAGGACGAGAGGCACUGCGCGGAUCCCAAGAGGCAACGCUCAGAUUUUUCGGAAGGUUCAUUCAGAAAAUUGGAGUUUGACUAAGAUUUUUCUGUAGCUUCUCAGAAUUUUCAGUAUUUUUUUCCUUGGUUGCUUGAUAUUUGAUAUUCCGCAUAAUUCAUUAAGUUCCAUAUCGUCUCUCUCUCUCUCUCUCUCUCUCUCUCUCUCUCUCUCUCUCUCUCUCUCUCUCUCUCUCUCUCUCUCUCUCUCUCUUUCUUGUAUAUUAUUUUCUUAGUAAUUUUUAUUCUUAUCUAAUUUCUGACUUUUAUUAGUUUCUUCAACAUGUUUCUUUUUAUCUAUUCUUUAUUCAUUGUUGUUUCCUUUUCCAAUAAAUUUCUUUUCAUGGAUGACUUUUUUUGUUUCCACUCUCGUUUAUCAAAAUUCCUGUCUCUUACUAUCCUUUCAUAUAUUUUUCUAUCCAGUUCAUUUCAAUCUUUUUUCUCUAUUCAAUAUUUACUCUCUCUCUCUCUCUCUCUCUCUCUCUCUCUCUCUCUCUCUCUCUCUCUCUCUGUUGGUUGGUAUGUAGUUGCAAUAUUUGCUCGAUUCUUUUAAAUAUCUUUUUCCUUUGUUUUCUUGUUCUUUCUCGCGUCUUUUAUGUGUUGAUUUAUUUUUCCAGUGAACGUUUUGUUUCAUCUUGUAUUUUCGUAUCUUUUGAUAGCUUUUGAAUCUUUUACAUCUGCUUGCUCUUUUUCUUUUACUUUUCUUUUCUUCUCUAAUCAGGCGUAAUUUUUUCCUUUUAUUCCUGACUUCAAAAUGAUUGUGGCUUCUGUAUGAAAUGUGGAAAACUGAGGUAUCUAGUGGUGGAUCAGUUGUGUGGAAGGAAGAUGAGAGUUAUUUCUAUGUGUAGAUCAAUUGUUACUUACUUGUUGUUACUUGGGGUGUUUGUUCAAGGCUCCGCUCCACUGCGAGGCAGCGCUCAGCAGAGCCUCCCUGAAAAGCAACUAGCAUCUCUAAUUGUCUUUGAUUUCCAUGCCGUUAAAAUCAUAAACUUCUUUGAACAAAUAUGUCUUCAAUUUCUUUUCUUUUUUUUUUUAAGAUAUCGAUCCUGGCACAACCUUUAAUAUCACUCGGCAGUUUAUUGUAAAUCCUUAGUGCGCAUCUCGCAAAUACUCGACAUCCCAUGUCAAGGUUAUUUCUUGGCUCAUGUAGUCUGUAUGGGUCUGCAUCGUGUUCCUUGGUAUGUGCACAAAUGUAUGAGUGUCAGGGGUCAUUUCUUUAAUUUUCGCAGUAUCAU